AUGAUGGGAAUGCAUGCUAAUUGUGAGCUCGGAAGUCGAAGAAUACUGGCAGGACAGCAGGAACCAGCGGAGGAUUAUCAAUAUGCGGAUGCAGCGUCGCGGGAUGAUGGCAGCUCGGUCGGUCAGGAGAUGGGUCGUCGCAAGUUACCAUCCAUUCCAUCGUACUCCUCCUAUUCAGCCACGCCGUCCUACGCAGCAGCACCUCCGCCAUCCACAGCUUACGUGCCGCCACCUAUCAGCAUGCCACCACAGUCUAUGAGUCCGUUGGCCGUUCAGACAGACUCUCUAAAGCGAACGGCCGCUGGCGUCCGAGCACAGAUGUCUCCCGCUCCCGUCUACAUCAACGCCAGCGCUCCGAUCCCCUCUACCUCAUCCAGCUAUUCCAUAUUCGGUGUCAGCUCUACCUGCACUCAAACCAUUCUUCCUCCCGAAAAACUGCCAAACGGUCAUCUGCCCACUGAAUAUUCACGUCCUUCCUCUGCUGCUAGUGGUACUUCCUUUGCUCGAUCUAUUGACCCUGCCAUUAUUCCUGGUGCUUCCUUCCAACCUACUGCCAAGCCGAAAACUGCUCUGCGUCAUCCCGUUUCAUUCGCCAAAUCCAAACCCUCUCAUGCUCCAAAAAUCCCUAAUACCCUCGCCCGUGUACUGCUCAAGAAGGAACUAAAAGAAGCGCUGUCUCGACGUAGAGAAGCGCUCGAAGCCUGCGAAAUUGAGGCUAAUCAGCGACAGUACAUUGUGCACAAGAUGUUAGUUACGGGAUUGCUGCCCGAAGCACGUGAAGACGACACGCCAAAUGUCAUUCACUGCCUCCUCCCAAUGGAGCUGAUCAGCGGUGCAAGAGUGAUUCCGAAGCCUACGUGUAGUGUAGCAACGCAAAAGUCAGAGUUUGACUCUCGGCUCCCUGCUUCGACUUCAUCCAGCUUACAAUACAAACCCCACCUUACCUCCUCAGUGGCCGUUCAGUCAAACAUGCCCGUUCCUGCCACACGUCUGUAUUCCCUGCCUCCAACGUCA